CUUGUUCUUCCUGGCUUGGGAUUUUCCAAAAACUUCUCAUAUUGUAUGUAUGCCUCUAGAAUGGGGCAUAAAGAACCAAUUUUUGGGUUCUACCUUUUGUGCUUUAGUACUGGGCUUGCUUGUUGCUUUAUGGUUUGAAAAUGCAGGUCAUAUAGGCAUGAAGAAAAGAUAAAACUUUAUAAAAAGAUAAAAACUUUCUAAAGUCUGCUUUUAACUUAGGGCUUUUUAAUAAUUUCAGAUAUUUUUUUUGUUGAUUAUUUUGGUUCUCCUAUUGAGAUUAUCUUCUCUAGGGUAGUUGUCUAUUUGCAUUUGCAUAGGGCUGUUGUGUUUCCUGGUAUGGAGUCUUAGCAUACUAUCUCUUGCAAACCAAGAUCUGCUGAAAGAAUAAUCUUUGGUUCAGGGUUGCCAAAGUUGAUAUGUUGAAUGUAAUUUCAGGUACAUUAUGAAGAUUGGGGGACGAUGGGCAGUGAUGUUUGCACCUGGAAAUGAAGGAGAGGCAACGGUGGCGAGCUGAAGAGGAUGCUUUAUUGCGUGCAUAUGUGAAACAGUAUGGGCCGAAAGAAUGGCACCUUGUGUCACAGCGCAUGAACACACCCCUCAACCGAGAUGCUAAGUCCUGCUUGGAAAGGUGGAAGAACUACCUAAAACCGGGAAUUAAAAAGGGAUCCCUUACUGAAGAGGAGCAGCGCCUUGUUAUCCAUCUUCAGGCCAAACACGGCAACAAAUGGAAAAAAAUUGCAGCUGAAGUUCCGGGUAGAACUGCGAAAAGAUUGGGGAAGUGGUGGGAAGUGUUCAAAGAGAAACAGCAAAGGGAACAGAAAGAGAACAAUAAGAUAGUAGAGCCAGUAGAGGAGGGAAAAUACGACCACAUUUUAGAGACCUUUGCUGAAAAGAUAGUGAAAGAGCGGAGUGUCCCCGGGUUGCUUAUGGCUAGUUCGAAAGGAGGUUUUCUCCACGCUGAUCCCCCCGCUCCAACACCGUCAAAUCUUCUUCCCCCAUGGCUGUCUAAUACCACCACCACAUCUGCUGUUAGACCUCCAUCGCCAUCCGUUACCUUAAGUCUUUCCCCAUCUACAGUCCCACCCUCACCCGUAAUUCCAUGGCUACAGUCUGAUAGAGGGCCCGAUAAAACUCCCCUUACCUUGAGUGGCUUUCCACCCCAUCACGGGAUUAGCCCUCCCUGUGGAGAGAACCCCAUGGUUACUGAACUCGUGGAAUGCUGUAAAGACUUGGAAGAAGGGCACCGCGCUUGGGCAGCCCAUAAAAAAGAAGCAACUUGGAGAUUGAGGCGGGUGGAGUUGCAACUUGAAUCAGAGAAGUCAUGCAAAAUCAGAGAGAAAAGGGAGGAAUUCGACUCAAAGAUGAAAGCUUUAAUGGAAGAACAAAAAUCUAGCCUGGACAGAAUUGAAUCAGAUUACAAAGAACAGUUAGCGGGGUUGAGGAGGGACGCAGAAGCUAAGGAGCAAAAACUUGCAGAACAGUGGGCAUCAAAGCACUUGCGCCUCACCAAGUUUCUCGAGCAGAUGGGAUGCCCACCACGCCUUGCAGAACCCAACGGCCAGUAACUCCAUUGCAGUGAUUCUGCACCGCCGCCAGUAUAUCACAGUAAAAUUCUUAUCUUGGCUUUUGGUUAAAUGAUGUUUCCAGUUAUGGUGAUGUUCCUGUAACAGGAAUCUACUUGAACUUGAAUUUAUAGCUUUUCCAAGGAUUGUUUUACCACUUUUUUCCCCUGCUUAUCCAACCAAAAAGUUGCAAUGCUAUUUAAAAUAAUUGGAGAAUGAACUGUGCUGCUCAUCCUGUAUCAUCUUUAUAAUAUAUAUAUCCUUGUACUUCUUUUGCUAUAA